GUAUGCUGUCAUGUGUUUACAAAACUCAUUUUUCUUUGCAAGUUCCUGAUAAAUUAGUGAAUUUUUAGAAUAUUUUCGUUUCAUGUUGGUGUUUAUAAUUAAUUAACAAGAGCUAAGGAGAUGGCUACCGAACGUGAUCCUGUCAAAGAUAGUAUCGAGAAGUUGUAUAAGAACUUCGGAAUAUUAGCAGAUGCCAACACCAAUGGCAAUAUCAGCGAAUACGAAAAAGAAUAUGUGGAAAUUUUGGCCGCUGUGAAAGGUUCGCCGAAUGAAAAAAGAUUAGCUUCUCAAUUUAUCGCCAGAUUUUUCAGAAACUUUCCUAAUUUAGCGGAUCAAGCUCUGGAAGCUCAGUUGGAUCUAUGCGAAGAUGAUGAUGUUGCUAUUCGUAAACAAGCCAUAAAAGAUCUGUCGUCGAUUUGUAAAGAUAAUAAAGAGCAGGUUCCUAAAAUUGCUGACAUUUUGGCUCAACUUUUACAAGCGGAAGAUGUUUCUGAAUUGAUGACAGUUCAAGAAUCUUUGGUUACAUUGUUGAAAAUUGACGCCAAAGGUACGUUGAAUGGAAUAAUUUGUCAACUUUCAAGUGGAGAUGACACUGUACGCGAACGGUGUGUUAAAUUCUUGAGUAAAAAAAUCGUUCCGAUAGAUCGUAAUAUAAUCGACAAAGCAGCUGAAGAUUUUUUGAUUAUUGAAACGAAGAAAGUUUUGCAGGACGUUACUGGUGACGAAUUUAUUCAACUUAUGCAUAUACUGAGCUGCUCACGACUUAGCCAAACACCUUUGGGACAGAAAGAACUUUUGGACAUAAUCUCCGAUCAAGCCGAACUUGAUCACUCAUUCGACCCUCAAGAUGAAAGUCAAGUUGACAGAAUCAUUCAUUGUACCAACUGUGCCCUUCCUUAUUUCCGAGUCGUCGAUUCAAACAAAUUUGUUACGUUUCUUAUAAACGAAGUGUUAUCGCAGUUGGAUAAAAUUCCCAAAGAGAUGAAAAAUUUCAAGUUUGUUCAUUUGGAGUUAUUGAAAAUAUUCGCAGAAUGUUGCGCUUCUUGCAAAACUUUACCGAAUGCUGAGGAUAUUAUCGAAAAAACAGUUAAUCUAUUAUACCGUUACGUCCCACAUCCUCCUACUGAUGAGAAUACCGAAACUGAUUUUGAAUUCACUCACAUAGAAGCUACGAUGUUCGCUUUACAUCAGUUGGGACGAGUAAAACCCGAUGUAAUUAAAGUUGAUUCGGAUCUGUACAAAGAAUUGAAAUUACGAUUACAUUUCCUCGCAUGCCACGUGCAAGGUUAUAUAAAACCUUUACGCGAAGACUUGAAAAACAAAAGCAAUACCGAUUUGAAAUCAGACCCGGAGAGUAAAUUGAAAGUAUCAGCUUUGAAGGCAGCUUCAAAUAUCAGUACUAUGAUUAAAGAUAUAUUUCAUAUCCCUCCGAGGUACAAAGCUGAAAUCACUCUGUCCUGGAAGACGCCAUCUGUAACUGAAACUAAGUCGUCUUCGGAUAACAUCAGAAAAGAAAAGAAAAGGACCACGAGUAGUAGUUCGUACGGUAAGGAAGAUGGACACUCGUCGUCGAAACAGAGUCGAUCCAGUGGUCGAGAAUUGUAUCAACCCCCGAGUGGGAAAUUCAGUACCAAAGUUUCCGGUUACGGUCCGUCGAAAGGUGGUAACUGGAGCAGUAAUCGUGCUCGAGGUAAUCGUAAUUACAGAGGAAGUUCAAGGUGGCGUUAUUGAACGAAAAAAAGGCUUCGUUCAACACUUAAAUUAGCAAUAAAUGUAAUUAUUGGUCACAUUUUCGGAUUUGUAUAUUGUUUAUUUUCUAAAUGAGUUUGAAUGCCUAAAUAAUUAGAUGCGGGCGUUAUGAAUUUACAAUAAGCAUAAGAUUAAAUAAACUUGAUAUAAAUGCGUA